AUGGGAAAUCAUCUUUCUAUUGGUGCCAGACAUACCAAUUACAUUAGUGAUGGUGAUAAUAGCAAUGUCCUAGGAUCAAAUUCAUUAAAUGACGAUGCUCUGUUCAAACAGAGACAAGGUAGUAUUAGAUCUGAAUUAUUCACCAGUAGAAAUAAUUCAAACAGAAAUAAGAUUUAUUCUGAACUAGCUGCAAGAAAUAAUCUAACCACUAUUAACAGUAGCAAUACAAAUGUUAAAGAAUCACUGUUUAAAAAGGACUAUUCGAUGGGUAGACACCCAAAUACUGUCAACCAUGUAAAAAAUCGUGUUGAUUUCACUAGAAAUUCAAGCAAUGAGUAUUCUUCAAGUUCUCUAUCUUCAAAUACUGACAGUGCUUAUACACCUUCGUUUUUCUCUUUGGGUCCUUCAACUGCUACUGUUGAACAAUCUACUGAAAAGGUAAUAAGGUUGGAUGAACAACAUCAUCCUCAUCAAAAUCUUGCAAGCAAGAAAGAUAUCGUGAUAAAUCAUGAACAUAGACCUAGCAUCUUAGCUUUAAAGCAAAAUUUAUACGAAAGCAGUAGUGGUGUUCCACUCUAUGACUCUCAACCUUCGUCAGAAGUCCCAUCUGAAUUACACUCUCCAAGUACUAGAUCUUUUGAAAGACAAAAAUCUGUCUCAAUUGAUAUCCCUCAAGAUAAUAGCAAUAAAAAAGAUCUUAGAAAUCCAAUUUUGAUUAAUCUAGAAUAUAAUGAAAGGAAUAACAAGAAUGAAUCAAACUUUCAAAAUGAAAUUCAACCCAAUAACUUGAAUGUCAACUAUAACAAUAAUGGUAAUAGUAACAAUUAUUCAGCUGAUGAGGAUAUGGUCUGGAAUCAAUCUCUUCUUAAUGGGUUAAUUACAAGCAAUAAUGAUUAUAUUGAUAAUAAUAUCAAUAAUAAAAAUUUUAACUUGAACCACCAUAAAUAUCCAAAGUUUGAAAAUUCAAUCUCACCAACUUUUAACGACUCAAAUGAUGGAAAUGUACAUUACGAUGGUAAGCAACAUUGUAGCGGUACAGAGGGUUAUCAUUUUUCAGAUAAGAAAACUAGCAAUAUUGUAAAUAGAACUCAGUUUUCUUCACUUGCAUCAAAACAAAUAUCAUAUAGAAAUUCAUCAGCAUUUUCAUCAACAUUUUCAUUAGAUCUAGGAUCAGAAAAUGUUCGUGUAUUUUUGAAAUGGAGAGAUCUAAUCGAUGACAUAGAAAAUGCAAAUAUAUCCAUAGUCAGUAAUGAAAUUUUGUCAGUUAUUUGCAUGAAUGAUUUGGACUCGGAAAAUAGCGAUAGCGCUAGAAUGGUCUAUUAUCCAGAUACUUCAGAAUGGGUCACAAAGUAUCUUUUCCUACCCCCAGGUAUUUAUAAGCUACAGUUUAAUGUAAAUGGUUCCCUACGUCAUUCUGACUAUUUACCAACGGCUACAGAUAAUUUAGGUAACAUUGUUAACUGGUUUGAAGUACCAAGAGGUUAUGAAAGUAUUGAACCAUUUAGAGAUAAUGAUUAUGUUAAAAAUGAAAUAUCUGGAGGUAUCCUUCAACCAAUACCAAAUACAUUGGGUAUCCCCUCGGUAUCUUCACAAUUGUCAUCCUUCUCAUUCCAUGCUAGUAGACCAACUACUCCAUAUUCUGAUUUUGCAGGCAUUAAUAGGUCAAGUCCUUUGCCACUACGUGAAAAAUCUCCUGAUGUCAAAUCAACUAAUUUUGAUUUAGAAUUCUCAACAGCAGUACCAGAGCCUAAAUAUGAUUAUACGACUGAAAUUCCAGAAAUCUAUAAAGCAGUGGAUCUGGAUCUAACUACUGCAAAGGCCACAGAAACUACGACUGACGAUGAAGAUAUAACCAAACCACCUUUAUAUCUAGGAACAGGUGGUAAUUCGAUCUUUAAUGAUGUGAUUGGUUGCAGUCAAAGAGAUUUAUUUGAAAAAUUGAGUAAAAAUACUGGCAAAGGACUAAACACUGAUGAACUGGAGAAGAUAUUUUUAGCUAAAUACCCAAUUACAGACCUACCAAUUUACUUAAAUACAGAUUACAUGAAUAAAGCAUUAGAACAGCAUAGAAAUAUUGUUGGAGUGGAUGAUGUUAUGCAAGAAGAAAUUAAUGUCGUGAAUCACAUAGUUCCACAUGUUAAUAUCAAGCAUUUGUUAACUCAUAAUAUCCAAGACUCGGUAAUUGCCGUUGCAUGCACAGUGAGAUAUGGUGGUAAAUUCAUCACACAGGUUGUAUAUUCUCCAUGUUCUGUGGAAAAUGAUGAUUAA